CUCACAAGCACAAGAAGCACGACACCUUGCAGCCCUGCGACACCGAGUACCCCGUUUUCGUGUACGAGCCGGCCAUCAAGGAGACCAAUGGGCUGAUCGAGUGCGGAGAUUGCCAAAAGAUGUUUGUGGCGCAGCAGAUCGCCAGCAGUAACCUGCUGCUCCUCGUCACGGAUGCUGUCUGUGACUGCAGCAUCUUCCCACCCGUCCUGCUGGAUGUGAAAGAGGUCAAAUAUAACGCUUCAGUGAAGUGUGAACGGAUGCGGUCCCAGAAGCUGAGGCGACGGCCGGACACGUGCCACGCGUUUCACCCUGAGGAAAAUGCCCAAGACUGUGGUGGCGCUGCCGAGGUCUCCAUCUCGCCAACGCUGCUCGUCCUGCCCCUGGCGCUGCUCCUGCAGUGA